CUGAUCAGAAUUUCCAGAUACACCUUUGUGGGGAAUAGGAAUUUGGGCCUAGAAAACUCCGUCCAACCUUGGGAUAAACCACACCCUACUGUCUUAAAUAUAUAUGGGAAGUUGGGGUUGAAAUUUGGUGGCAUUUGGAGCAAAACUCAGAAAGACCCAGAAGUUCUUUUCUCUCUCUCUCUCUACUCGCUUGUUCUGUCUUCUUGGGACAGCAGCACGUCUUCACUUCUCUCUAAAAAUAUUGCAUCAAAACUUCCUAAAUCUUACAUUCAAAGUAAUACUUAAGUACUUCAGCUUGUGAUAGAUAUUGGAGAGCAAUUUAUACAAGCCAAAGAUCCAAGGAAGCUAAUCUAAAACAAGGAAAGAAGAAGGUAGUAGAAAAUACAGAAGGUAGACAAGAGUUCAAGGAAGAUUAGGUGUAAGAAACUCGCAAAGAAGGCAAGUCUCUAGGGAUCAAUAGUGCAUCAUCCAUUUCAGGUUUGAAGAUGAUGCAUCAUGGGUGCGGGAUUUCGUGGAGAGCUUGAGUUGACUUUAGUAUUAUUAUAGUUGACGUUUCAUAUAUUUUUGAGUUUGACUUUAUUUUGGUUUGACUUUUAUUUGAUUUUGGAGUUGACUAAGUUAUUAUUUUCAAAGUUAUUUAUUAUUUUCCGCUACAAAAUUCCGAAUAAGCCAAUACGUUAUCAUACAAGCGAUAAUACUGUGAUAAUUCUCUAAGUUUUAUAUUGAAAAGAUGCUUUGAAAAAUAGAGAAUUGUCGAGGUGUUACACUACACCUAGGGGUGUUCAUGAGUGGUCAACCGUCCAGAAACAACAUUUUGGUUUGGUAACCGUAAGUUUCGAUUCACUCUUUUUGCGAACCGUAACCGUUUAGACUGGUUACUGCGCUUAAGCGGUUAAUCGUUUUUUUGGUACGAUUUUUCGAUUAACCAUUAGCUGUUAUUUAAUUUAUACUAUUAUGUACUCCCUCUGUUUUUUUUAUCUUUCUCACUUAAAAUCUUGGCACUAUUCAUACAUAGAGAGAAUCUUCUCAAUUGUUUUUAAUCUAUAAGAAAAAAAUAUAGUCAUGUGGGGUCUUGUUUGAUUCGUCUCAAUUAAUACAUUAUUAAUAUUCAAUCGUUAUAAUUUUUACUAAUAUAUAAUGAAAGAUAUUUAAGUUCAAAGAAGUGCAUUGGGAGACGCGCACAGAGAAAGUGAGAAUGAUAAAAAAAAACAGAGGGAGUAUUACUUAAUGUACUAUAUAUUUUCAAUUUUUUUGUGCAUAUAUAUUAAUAUUAUAUAUACUCUAAUAUAAAAUGUAUUAUAAAGUGGAUAAUAAAUUCAUUGAAAAAUAUAACUUAGGGUCUGUUCUCCCUUAGCUUAUUUUCAGUUCAGUUCAAUUUAGUUCAGUUGCAAUCAGUUUAGUUCAGUUCAAUUCAGUUCAGUUCAAUUUAGUUCAGUUCAGUUCAGCUCCAACUAUCAUUUCUUAGUUAUAGUUUAAUUCAGUUCAGUUCAAUCCAGUUACAAUAAGUUCAGUUCAGUUCAGUUGCAAUCAGUUCUAUUCAGUUCAGAUCGGUUCAGUUCAGUUGUUUUAUGUCGAAGAGAACAAGCCCUUACACUAAUAAUUCACUUCAUUUCCUAAUCAUAGUGUUUAUAUUAGUACUAUAGUUUCCAAGUAAUUACAUAUUUUUCCUAAUUGUUGUAACUUAGGAGCAAAUAUUAGAAUUAAUGUAAUUAUUUGAAAAUGUUUCACAACAAUUAAAUAGAGAAAAAUUAUAUUUUGGUUAUCCAUUGACUCAAAAGUUAUAAUUGUACUAUUUAACCAUAAAUUUUAUCGGUUAGGUAACUGUACCAUUAAAACUUUUUUUAUCGUUACCAUAACAAUCCAUUUCGACCAAUUUUUCUUUUCGAUUUCGAUUUUUUUAUGAACACCCCUGACUAGUAACUACACCUUUCCUAUAGGAAGUCUCUCUCCUCAUAGAAAACCCCUGCUUCCCAAAGCUUCUACCCCCAACCCCCCUGAAAGUUGCAACACUUGGUUCGCCGGCGACCGAUCUGCCCUCUGGUCGCCGGCGAGCCUUCAAUUUCGACGACCCCAACAUGAAUUGGUGCGUAUAGUGUUCGGUGCUGCGAUUUUUUUCAUUAGUCGGAGGGUGAGUGUUGAACGCACAUCGGCGGCAGAUCUGUUUAAAGAAUUAGUGUAUGCAUCUCUCUAGUGAAUGCGUUUUCCUUGUAUCAUGGUGUUGAUCUCAGGUGUGUUCUUCCCAAAUUUGGUUUUUUUAAUUUCUUAAAAAGUUGUUGGGGGUGAAUGUCAUCCUAGUUAUUAGAGUGAAGAAGUUACAGUCUUUGUGGUUUCAUAUCUGAUUAAGGAAAAAAAAUUUAAGUAUGUUUUCAUUAGAAGUUUGUGAAAGGUUGAAGGGAGAGCUCCAUGAACUCUUUAAUAAGGAUUGUAACUUAGGACUAGAUGAUAAUAAGUUCUUGCAUUAUGUUUCUUCAUUAGAUAAUCCCAAGACUUCAUUGGAUCUAGUUAAGUCAUGGAAGGAAAAAGGAAAUUCCUUAUUCAGUCAUGGACAUAUUGAUGAUGCUUUAGAGUGUUAUGGUUUUGCUGGUGUGAUGCUUUAGAGUGUUAUGGUUUUGCUGGUGUGAUGCUUAGCCUAAUUGUCUUGGAGGAGAAAGAUGCUACAAGGUUUUGCGAAUUAGCUUUCUGCAUCUUGCUGAAUUUAGUUGCUUGUUUCCUGAAGAUAGAUGAAUUUAAUCAAGUUGGUCUUCUUUGCUCUGUUGUUUUAAGCUUUGACCCGUGCAAUGUAAAAGCUUUGUUUAGAAGAGCUAGAGCAUCGGUGGGAAUAGGAAGGUGUGAUUUUGCUUAUUGGGAUUUGCUACAAGCCUCUAAGAUUGACCCAUCAAACAAAGAAAUUGCUAAGAAAUUAAUUGAAGUUCAAAGUUCAAUUAUAAAGCACAAGGAUCAUUUCGUUGGUUUAGGGGUGGAACCAUUGCCACCAAGGAAAAAGAUGAAGGAACAACAUCAGGAAGAAGGAGAAUGCUCUACUAAGAUGAAAGAAGGAGAUAAUAAUGAGACCCUAAACUUGUUGCAGGCAUGCGUGGAUAAGGACCAAGUCACCUGUGAAGAGAAAGAUGUUGAAAUGGAGUGUGUAACUGAGAGUGUGAGUGACUCCAAAAUCAAAAAUCCAAACCAGGUGGAGCCUAAACAUCGGUUUGUUAACCGAAAAAGGCCAGGCUCCUCAUUACAAUUGUCUAAAAACAUUACUCAAAUGCUGAGAGACGGGAAAUCAGUGCAAUUGUAUAAUCCAAAAUCAGGGUCAUAUAUGGUAGUCCGAGUUCCUCAAUUAUCAAAGGGAGGUGUUAAAGGGAAAACCACAAUGCAAGACGGUCAGUUGCAACAACAUUUUUCUGGUCUUGCGAAUGAGCAUUGUCUCCCUAACAAAGGGGAUGAAGUCAUUAAUCCCAUCUUAACCCACCAUGAAAGUGAAGAUCUAUUGAUGAAAAGUAUGGAGUCCAAGUCCAACUGCGAUAUGGAAAAGGAGAUAGCAGCUAGUGGGAUCCACAUGGCCCAGUCGAGCCCAUUUGUUCCAUCUAGACUUCCAAUUAAUGGAUGUAUUGCAUUAGAUUCUAAGGAAACUAAAGGUCGGAAGAAGCGUAGCAAAGCCCAACCACGAAUAGGGAACUCCAAGAGAACCCUAUAGAAUUAUCACAAGAAAAAACUCCUAUUUCCUUCCUAAGUUUGAUUCUAUUGGCAGGUUACGUGCUGGAAUAAAGAGGAAAGCUGGUUUCAGUGCAGAUCCCUCCCAAAGCUCGAGGAAAAAGCAUGCUUCAAGUCCUUGUGAUGCUAGCAAUAAGUCAGAUAUCAGUAAUGUGUCAAGUCGUAGUUUGCAAUCAGAUGUUAGUAGUGAAUCAAAGGUCAGUAUUGUUUCAUGUUCUAGUCUAAUGUCGUUUAGUCUUGUAAGUCUAUGUUCAUCGAGUCCCAAAAUAAACGAAGCCCACAGCCUAUCCUGAGAAGAUAGGGAAACGGGCUCACUUGUAAUUUAAUGUUUGUAUUAAUGUAUGUUCUUGUUGCCAAAAAAAAAUAAAAAAUUAAAAAAACUACACCUUUCCUAACGCAUUAAAGCCCCCUCGCCUCUUAUAACACGUGGUGAACUCCAAAACCCUAAAUUACGCUCACUCUCAAGUCUCAACUGUUUAA